AUGCGCCUCACUCACUGCUUGUGCAUGCUCAGCCUGCUGGCCACCGCCACUGCGACGGCCUAUACCAACCGCUCCUCCAUGCCACGGACCGUAGUCACAACUGAUCUCGAGCAAGACGACCUCGCCUCGCUGAUCCGCUACCUCCUCUAUACCAACGAGAUUGACACCCAUGGAAUAAUCUACUCAUCAAGUCGAUACCAUUGGUCGGGCGAUGGGAACGGGACUAGGUUCUUCCUGCCAGACCGCGAGUACGAGACAACGCAGUGGACAUGGCGAUGGACAGGCACGCGGACAGUGCAGGAUAUCGUGCUCAAAGCGUAUGCAGAGGUGUGGCCGAACCUGAAUAUUCAUGAUCCGUUCUAUCCGUCCCCGGACGAGUUGCUAGCUAUGGUCAAAAUUGGGAAUAUCGACUUCGAGGGCGAGAUGGAGAAAGACACAGAGGGUUCGGAUUUCAUUCGCGAGUUGCUGCUCGACGAUUCAGAUAGCAGGACGCUCUAUCUACAAGCGUGGGGAGGAACGAAUACCAUUGCGCGUGCUCUCAAGUCUAUCGAGUACGAGUACUCGAGCUCGAGCACAUGGAACGAGACCCGAGCAGCCGUCUCUCGCAAGGCCGUGAUCCUCGCCAGCGGAUUCCAGGACAACACGUACGUCGAUUAUAUCGCGCCCAACUGGCCAGCCCUGCGCGUCGAGGACUUUAGCGCCGCAUACUCACUCUGGGCUUACAACUGCGAGAAGGGAGAGGGUAACACCCUCGGUCUCCCGGACAACAAUGUCUACUUCACGGGGAACUGGACCAAGGCUUACGUGCAAAAGGGGCCGCUGGGGAGCCUCUACCGCUCCUGGCUUGAUGGGCAGCGCAUGCCAGGCGACCUCCUCGACGUCUUUGGCAACCUCGCCUGGUAUGCGGGCACCAAGCAGAGAUGUUAUCCGCUAGAACCAUACGCCUUCCUCUCCGAGGGGGACAACGUCGUCUUCAACCCGCUCAUCAACACCGGCCUUCAGGACCCGGCGAAUCCCGCGCUGGCUAGCUGGGGCGGCCGAUCAAAGCAAAAGAGCAGCUCGCCAGAUCUCUGGGUGCUCGUUGACGACGAGAAGAAUGCGACCGGCGCUGCCGACAGCGAGUACACGUAUACGCGGUGGAUUGCACCAAUCCAGAAUGACUUUGCGGCACGAAUCCAGUGGACGCUCGAGGCAAACUACACGCGGGCCAACCAUGCGCCGGAAGUGCGGAUCCUGAACGGGACGUACGUCAGCGCACCCCCCGGAUCGACGAUCAUUCUGGCGGGCGAGGUCAGUGAUCCGGACGAUGACACGGUCAAGACGAGCUGGUGGCAGUAUCUUGAGGAGGGAACCUACGAGGAUAGUGUAGAGGUAACCGAGCUCGCCGGUCACCAGGCGAGUGUCGCUAUUCCAGAGGACGCGAGCAAGGGCCAGACGAUCUCGAUCAUCUUGCAGGGAACAGACGACGGGGAGUUUCCGUUGACGAGGUAUGCUCGGGUGUUUAUCCAUGUGGGAUAG